AUGGAGCCUUUCUCUGCUGAUAACAAUUCAACUGACCUAUCCUCACAGCCCUGGUAUGAACCCCAAGUCAUUCUCUCCAUGAUCAUUCUCAGCCUCACUUUCUUAUUGGGAGUGCCAGGCAACGGCCUAGUGCUGUGGGUGGCUGGCUUAAAGAUGCAGCGGACAGUGAACACGGUUUGGUUUCUCCAUCUCACACUGGCGGACUUCCUCUGCUGCCUCUCCUUGCCCUUCUCCCUGGCUCACUUGGCUCUCCAGGGACACUGGCCCUAUGGCUGGCUCCUAUGCAAGCUCCUCCCUUCCAUCAUCAUCCUCAACAUGUUUGCCAGCGUCUUCCUGCUGACUGCCAUUAGUCUGGAUCGUUGUCUCUUGGUCCUCAAGCCAAUCUGGUGCCAGAAUCACCGCAAUGUGGGGACAGCCUUUGCUAUCUGUGGAUGUAUAUGGGUGGUGGCUUUUGUAAUGUGUAUACCUGUGUUCAUGUACCGGGAAACAUUUGCUGUAGACAACCAUUUUAUGUGUGGCUACAAUUUUGGUCUCUACAGCUCAUUAGAUUAUUCAGACUUCACCAUUGAUCUCCUGGAAAAUGGGUCUCUUGACAACUCCAUUGUUCAGAUGCCUGGAGAAAUAGAUGAUAGAUUAGAGUCUUUCUCUUUACAAACAAAUGAUCUUCCUUGGACAGCCACCACUAUCCUCUAUUCUCAAACAUUUCAAAGACCUUCUGGAGAGUUACUCCCUAUGGAUUCAGCUAAAUUAUCUAGUCAACAUCCAUAUUAUAAUUUAUUUAAACCUCCUGAUGAGGUCUCAUCUAUAAUCCCCAGUGGGUUUCCCAUUGAAGAUCACAGAAUUGACCCACCAGAUAACUCUGAUACUUUUCUCUCUACUGAUGUAGAGCUUUACUCUGGUACUUCCACCAAUUCCUUAUACGCAUACGAGCUAUCCCAAGAUUUCCAGGAUGAUGAUUUAGGCCAGUUUUCAUAUGACAAUCAAGUACUAACACCCCUGAUGGCAAUAACCAUCACUAGGCUAGUGGUGGGUUUCCUUCUGCCCUUUAUUGUCAUGGUGACCUGUUAUGGCCUCAUUAUCUUCCGAAUGCGACGGGGCCGCUUCACCAAGACUCGGAUCAAAACCUUGCGAGUGGCCAUGGCUGUGGUGGUUGUCUUCUGUGUCUGCUGGGCUCCAUAUCACGUUGUUGGAGUCCUGUCAUUGUUUUUUGGCCCAGAAACUCCCCUUGGAGAAGCUCUGCUGUCUUGGGACCACGUGUCCAUUGCUCUAGCAUCUGCCAAUAGUUGCUUUAAUCCCUUCCUCUAUGCCCUCCUAGGAAAAGAUUUCAGGAAGAAAGCAAAGCAGUCCAUGAAGGGCAUUCUGGAGGCAGCUUUCAGUGAAGACCUCACACACUCUACCAGCUGUCCCCAAAGCAAAGUCUUUUUGGAAAGAAACAGUAUCAGUACAACUGUGUGA